CUCAUAGACACACCAUGGUGGCGAAGGUGUAUGGCCCUACCGGUGCUGCCACAAAACGAGUGCUCCUUGUUCUGAUUGAGAAGGGCAUUGAGUUUGAAACUGUCCAUGUUGAUUUCACUAAAGGUGACCAGAGAUAUCCUGAAUACCUCAAAUUACAGCCCUUUGGAGUUGUUCCUUUGAUUCAAGAUGGUGACUAUACCCUAUAUGAAUCCAGAGCAAUAAUGAGAUAUUAUGCAGAAAAAUGCAAAUCUCAAGGAGUUGACUUGCUGGGGAAGAUGAUAGAAGAGAGAGGUCCAGCGGAACAAUGGCUAGAAGUUGAGGCACAGAACUUUCACCCAUUUGCUUACAACUUAGUGAUUCAUAUACUGUUUCCUUCAAUAUGUGGGGUCACACCAGAUCCAAAGGUGAUUGAAGAGAGCGAAGCUAAGCUGGAGAAGGUGCUUGACAUUUAUGAGGAGAGGCUCUCAAAGAGGAAGUAUUUAGCUGGGGAUUUCUUCAACCUCUCUGAUAUUAGCCAUCUUCCUUACACUGAUUAUCUAGCGAAUAAUAUGGGGAAGGAGCAUCUGAUAAACAAGAGGAAGCAUGUCAGUUGUUGGUGGCAAGAUAUCAGUAACAGAGCUUCAUGGAAGAAGGUUCUGGAGCAUUACAGAGCUCCUAUAUAAGAUCAGUAAGUUACUUGAAACAGUGACUUGAGUGUGUGGUUAGAACAAAUGUUGUGUCAUUAACUUCAUCGGUCCUAUGAGGAU